CCGAGGGGGGACCAAGCGGGGCGGGGCGGCGGCGGCGGCCGCAGCGGCAGCGGCGGCGCAGCGGCGGCGGCGGCGGCGGGCGCGGCGGGCGCGGCGGCUUCGGCGGCGGGCGACGGCGGUGCGCGGAGUGCUGUGCACCACUGCGGCCGGGAGGUCGACCCGCGCGCGGUGCUGUCCGGGCCCGAGGACGCCGACACCGCCGCCUCCAACGGCACGACGAGCGGCACGAGUGGCGGCGGCGGCGGCGGGGCGGCGAGAGCGGCAAGGCGGCGGCAGCGGGGGGCGCGGGCCUGCGGACAUCGUGCAGCCGCCUGCGGGCUUCGCCGACUCGCCGGAGGGCCCGCGGGAAGGCCGCUGGCGCUGGCGGCGGCGGCGGGCGGCUCUACAAGAAGCUGGAGAAGCGCUUCCGGUCGGAGGAGCGCGCGGGGGGCGGGGCCGGCCGUGCGCGCGGCGGCGGGCGGAGGCGGCGAGCGCCGACAUCACAACGCGCUCCGCUGCGAGGGCGCGCGCGCCAAGUCGGAGGAGCGAGGGCGCGAGACGCGUGCCUCAGGUGAGCCCGAGCUCCGCGCCCGGGAGGAAGCGAUGGCGACUAGAGCCAUCAGCAUGGGGAUGGACUAA